GCAAAAGUAAGACUCUGAGAACCACUGAAAUUGGCUUGUUACUUUCGGCAUGCAGCAAUAGAAACUGACAGUUUUAGCCCACUAGUCCUUAUAAUGAUGACAUAAAUCUAAACCCUUCAAAAGGGCAAAUUUCUACAAGUCCUUAUGAUACCUUGAAUAUUGUGCAGUUUGACAAGGACUAUUGGACAAGUACCAAUUUACAACACUGGCAUGUAUGACCAGUACCCGGUACUAGUUUCUGAAACCAAGUCCAAGCAACACAUAUUUCGGACACUUUGGUUCUUUAAACAUGAUCUUCAAAGUGAUGUUUAAAGUGCUUCCCAAUAUAGUAACCACUUCCAUCCAUCACAUCCGUGUGACGUACUCAGAGAAUCACAUGGUCAGUAGUAGUGUUUUUGUAACAGCCAUAUCUGAUGUAUUGUUAUAGUAACAUGCUCUUGGUGGCCUGGUUCCCCCUGAAUAGUGUACAUGUUGUUUGUGAGAACCAAGGGCUGUCAAGUGUUACCCAAUGAUCCCACGGCUUCCUGUAUUAACCAUAUCCUCCUCUGUGGAUGUCGGCCGGUGCUGCUUCCUACAAUACUAUCACCUUACAACUCCACAAACUGUUUGCCUUCAAAUGCAGGAACAUUACACCAGUGCUGUUAGAUCCUGGCUGGGUAUUGUUCCUCUGGAGUGAGGCAUCAGUAGAAGCAGUCUUGAUGGCUUAAUGCCGCCUUAACGUUGUGUGGCUUGGAUAUUUUUUCAUAGGAUAUUGUAUUGUUUUUUGUCUUUCAUCAUGAGGAUGCCAUCACUACGGGCAUUUUUUGGAGGCAGUGAGUUCCGGUCAUUUGUUCGAACUCAGGAGGACUGCCGUAAGAAGUGGCAUGCAGCAGAGCAGAAAGUGGAGAGCAUGCAGGAGAAAGUUCAGGAGCUCCAAGCAGACCUAAAUGCUCUCAAUACCAGGCUUAAACAUGCCCUGAACACUAUAGACAAGGAGAUGUACAGGAGGAAGCAUGCCGAGCAAGACAGAGACUCACUGGAGCAGCAGCUGAACAAGGUACGGGAGCUGCUGUUUGACAAGGAGAACAAGAGCAUCCGCAUGAACGAGCACGACAGAGAGCGCCUCAGUGCCUUCGUCAACACCAGCAACCUGAGAUCAAACUACAACACCCACAAUGAGUACGAGUCUCCACAAAAAUUGAACACAAUCAUGGAGUCGUCAUGUUCUAUGCUGGAUGAUAUUGAUUAUGACCAGAGUGAGGGGGACAUCGACAUGGCGUACCCGUCACGGCGCUAUAAACGCCGAAGCCCCACUGCUCCUCCCAUAGAAGACUUUGAGGGAAGAUCAUCGCCAAAGAGACAUCGCUCAGAUGACCACAACAACUCUAUCGUUACAACCACCACCAUCACAGUGAACGGCAGUGGCAAGCCGGUGUCCGCAAGCACAGAAGUGAAUGUUCCAAAGCUGAACAAGAGUUUCAGUGAGCCGGCCCUGGACAAGCACCUGCAGACACCAGUCAACGACAGAGAUGCCGACAGUGAACCCGAGUCUGAUGACUCCUUCUUUGGUACCCCCAGAAAUAGGAACAACAGUCGUACCAGGAAGGGAAUCUUGAAGCGGACCCCAUCUCAUCCAGAAGACUUAAGUGGCACAAAGCCGCCUACAGGCGCGAAGACGAAGAAUAAAUUGUUUAGGACCCCGGUGCUCGGUCGCAGCUCUUCGGCUGGGAAGGGCCUCAACCGAGUCCAUGUGUUCAUCUCCAGGACUUUCAUCAAACCAGAAACCUGUGUGCCGUGUGGCAAGAGGAUCCGUUUUGGCAAGCUGGCAAUGAAGUGUAAAGACUGCAAGGCCACCUGCCACCCCGACUGCAAGGACCAGCUGCCCCUCCCCUGUAUGCCCAAUGCACCCAGCACCCCAGGGGCUCACCAGAAAGCAGGGGGACUGAUUUCUGACUUUACUCCUAGUGAUUCACCAAUGAUCCCAUCACUUGUGGUUCACUGUGUGAAUGAGGUGGAGACUCGGGGUCUGUCUGAGGUGGGCAUCUACAGAGUACCAGGGUCAGACAGAGAGGUGAAGGACCUGAAGGAGAAGUUUUUCAAGGGGAAGGGUGUCCCCAGGCUGAACAACAUCCUGGAUAUCCAUGUGGUGUGUGGUUGUCUCAAGGACUUCCUGCGUGGACUGAAGGAACCGCUGGUCACCUACAAGCUGUGGCUAGAGUUUGCCCAGUCCGCAGAGAUAGCUGACAGGGAAACCUCCCAGAGACAUCUGUACAGCCUGGUGGAGCACCUGCCACAGGCCAACAGGGACACCCUGGCCUUCCUCUGUCUGCAUCUACAGAAGAUUGCGGAGUGCCCCGAGUGUAAGAUGCCCAUCAGCAACCUGGCCAAGGUGUUUGGGCCCACUCUGGUGGGAUACUCCACGCCGGAACCGGAACCCAUGCAGAUGAUCAACGAGACACGCAGGCAGAACAUGGUAAUGGAGAACCUGUUGGAACUGUCUGGUGAAUUCUGGGUGAAGUUCCUCAAUAUUGAGGACACCAGCUUGUACCCACUAGACCCCAACACACCCAACACCCCCGACUGCAGCCGAGCAGCAGUUCCCCGAAGUCGACUCGGUCCAGUACUUACCCCUGGUUCUUACGAGGCUGAGACGCAGAGAACACAGACCUGGUCCAGAAACACAACACAGCAGACUCCCAGGCUGCCAUCUCGACACAACAACACAACACAGAGACCACGCCAGUUCUUCACAUCUCCGUUUGUGUCCAACUAAGAAGACAGCUCUUGUCGUGUUUACAGAGCUCUUGUGUUGUGUUUGCAGAGCCCUUGUCAUGUGUGUACAGAGCUCUUGUGUCGUGUGUGUACAGAGCUCUUGUGUCAUGUGUGUACAGAGCUCUUGUGUUGUAUGUACAUGCUGCCACACCGCCAUGACCUGCAGACAUCCUUGUAUAUAGUGUCAGCCGACGUCUCAAGCGACUGGCCGUGGUGUGGACUGUCCACUAUUAGUCAGUGGUACAAUGAUGUAAAUACUGCCUGCCUGUACAGUAAUCAUGUUGCAAUACCAUUACCGUGUUGUGCAGUAAUUAAAGGUAUAAAGGAAUCGUGUAUCAAUAUUUGUGUAUCAUACAUCAACUGACAGUAUCCUGUAGGUUCCACUGUUGUAGAGUUUCAUGUCUUGUGCCGCCACCCCCUCCCUGUACAUGCACCCAACUAAUCUUGGUGAGUGGUCACGGUCUUAGUCUCCAGGAUUAUCUGGUGAUUCAGCAUCUGAUAUUUAUCUCCAGGCUGUCGUACAAAACAACCUUACCUCUACGACUGUCUUUAAUCAAUGUUAUGGUAUGGGAGUUACGAUCACCUUAGUGCUAAGAUCGCUUUGGACAACGGCACCCACAGUCUGUCUUGUGUAUAGCUGGGUAACUUUGUGUUUAUAUCCUGACAGUAGCAGGAAUGCAACUUGCCACUAACUCACUGGCCCUGGUCAGUUUGUCUGAUACUAAAGGUAUCCCGAGUGCUAGUAGAUUUUCAGACGUUUUAGGGGGUGUCCUAUUUUGUUGUACUAUUCCAGGACCCAUUCCACAAGUGAUCCUAGUGCUGAGCUGAUCCUAACUCCCCUACACAAACCUAAGACAGGCACAGUGCUGAGAUUGCUUCUUGGGGUGGGUCCCCGGCUGAUGAAUGUUUCAGGUUAAGUUGCACUGCCGCACUAGAUAUGUACUUGUUCUUGACAUCAGAUGGAACAUAGACCCAGUCAGAGCUACCUCAUAGAAUUACAGUGGUCUAGACUUCCAUGUGUCAACGAUGGGGUUUGAAAUUGAAGAUCACAACUGCUGAACUGAAAUAUGAUCAAAACUACUGAAGAGAAAGAUAGAAAUCGUUCACAGUGAUUGUUUUUCUUGCCAUAUUGUUCCAGUCAGGACCAUUUGAUGUGUCCAUAGUGGUGAAACCCUGCCCUGGGUUUUGAGGAUGUUGGUACAUGUACAGAGAACUGUAGAGAUGCAGGAGCCAGUCUUUGCAGUGCCUGUCACAGUGUCAUCAGAUUGUAGCCGGUUUAGGCCUCUCCUUUUCUGUUUUUUUUGGUUUACAAACUUGACAACCAUAAGAACAAGUUUGAAUUUAUUUUUAUUUUCCUGAUAUUUGUUGGAACAAAUUAGAACAGAUCACCCAUUUUUUAAAUUAUUGUUGAUCAAAUGCAUUGUAUAUAGAUUAUCUAGCCACUACACCUUCAGAGUACACUAUCUCUGACAGAAGUAAAUAUUUGUGCUACUGUUAAAAUAUCAAACAUCCUGCCUGCACUAUAAACAUGACGAAUAUGCAUGUAUUUUCACCACCAAACUAGCCAUCCUAUCUUACUCCUGGGCCUGUAUUUCAGUAAACUUACACUAAACCUUUGACCCAUUCCCGUUGUUCUUGCAAUCUCAAAUUAUCCGCCCUUGAUUUUAUCAGCAAAGUUAAUUUGCUAUGCUACCCAGUCUAAUGGACCAAUCAGAAUAUGAGUUACGAUCCAGCCUCAAUGUUGGGUUGGCGAGUUAUUUGACGUUUGAUUGGUCAGUAAAAUGUUAAUGAAAAUCAAGGGCAGGUCAUUUGAGAUCGUGAGAACCAAGGGGAUGGAUCCAGGGAUAAGUGUAGGUUUACCGUACUGUGAGCGCAGGAGAUAAAGAAGAUGAAAUCCAUCAUACCCAAAAUAAGACCUUGCCAAAUAACAUUGAAAUUGUGCUCCUAAAUAUGUUUUUAUUUUGAUCUAGCCGAUCCUAGCUGAGUGAACAGUAAACCUCAAAAUUAAGUAUGGUCUCAAUAUGGCAUUUACCAUGUUUCUACCUUGGCAUGGAGUCUAAGCAUUGAGCUGGGAUUAGAUUCCUGUGAGUUUCAAGACAUGAGAACUUUCAAUAUGUGUAACGGCUGCUUUAGACUGUGUAGCUCAUAGUUAGCUCCACACGUAGCUUAGCUCCCAUGUGUUUGUGUAAAAUGUACACUUCCCACCUCGUUGCAGAAGAUGAGGACAUGUAUGCAUUAGCAAUAUUAACCCAGUAACAAAUCUCUGUACAAAUACUUUCAUUUUCCGGUGUGAGCUGAAGUUGCCUGGAACCCAUGUAGAGAAUGCAGGACAUUCCUAGAUGAGUCCAGUCAAGUCAGUGGAGAACUAACAUACUGGGUCCCGUUCCACAAAGCAAUCGUAGCGCUAAGGCGGUCGUAACUCCCAUACUUUAACACUGGCUUACAACUGUUGUAGAGCUACAAUCGCUUUGUGGAACAGGGCCCUGUGGUCCGUUCCACAAAGCGAUCUUAGCGCUACGACAAUCGUAAGGCUAUGUAAAGUAUGGGAGUUAAGAUCGUCUUAGCACUACGAUCGCUUUGUGGAACGGGGCCCUGGAUGUGCAGAUAGGGACGUUGUGGUAUCUGAAUGCUGCACGCUGAUGCUUUAUUUAUGUGUUUGUUGACACCAUAGUGCAUGAUGGUAGCUGUCCAGUCUAUAAAUGGUGCCUCUUCAGUACCGAUACAUCUGUCUGGUUGACUUUUGGUAACUUUCGACAAAACAAAUUCCAUUCAAUUGAGUUUUAUUUUUUUCACUUUAUCUAGGAGAGCGAUGUCGUUCAGGGUUUAGCCUUGCUGAUUACAGUUGGUCAGAACUGGGGAUGAAUUGCCAAUGAUUCUUAUUGAAAUCGCUAAGGUGGUAAUAAUUACCGGUAAUAAUUGUAACUUUUUCUGUUCAAAUAUUAUCUGAAUAGUUUGCCAAGAUGGUCUCACAGGCCUUGUCAUGGUAAUGUAUUGAAUACACAUUGUUGGUCAGUACAUUUGUUAGAGAUAGGAAGUAACUUAUCAUCAGAUUAGUAUAUCUGUUUUCCCACUUUAAAAAAAAAGUUGAUUGGAUGUUCAUUCAACCACUUUUUUAAAGUGUUACUUUAUAACCUUACAGAAUCAUUGUGUUUUCGGAACUUACAUUCUGACAUACCAGACUGUCUUGCAUUUAUUCCAGCGACACAGUACAGUUCAGUUAAUCUUUAUUCAGGAAACCCUGUCAUCCGGACAAAUACUGUUGAGGAUGUCUAUUUAUAGUAAACGGACGUAACUCAUAACCGAUGAUUUGAUAACCCGAAAAUAUGUUUAUCCAAACAUUUUUUCUUGGAACUACCAUCUGGAUUAACAGGGUUUCACAAGCAUUUAACAAGGUGUCACUAGGGUUGUUUUUGAAUGCAUGAAAAGACCCACAGCCAUAAGUAAUUAUUACUACAUUUAUUUAUCAAGUAUAUGAUUAUGUAACAUGCUGGUUGUGUUGAAAUACAGGGUUAAUAUUUGUUGACAAACUGAUAAUUUGAGGUCAGCCUAAAGGGGAUUUUAAUAUCAAAUGUAUAAAUGCAUGCAGUAUACAUAUUUUGGGGUUUAGGAGUUGUUCCCGAGCCUCAUUGAUUACCAGAUGUAUGUGCUGAGACGUACAGCCUCAUUUUCGAUUUUCGGAGGGUGGCCAUGUUUGUGUUGUCAUUUUACCUUUCUUGCUUUUUGUACAAAUCAUUUUUUCUAGUGACGUUGCACAGCCGAGUAGUCAAGCUUGCCAUAUUGAAUGCUUCAUUUAUGACUACUAUCUAUAAUUUAAUAUAAUUAUGUAGUCUCGAUCAGCAAUAAUUAAUGUGUUCAUAUUGGUUUUACUGUCUAGUAAGUAAAAUAUCCUUUCUUUUUGAGUGAAUCAAUAUUUGAUGCUGUAUGGGGCCUUAAUGAAUAUUAUAGAGAAAAGUGCAUUUCAGAAAGCUGUUUUGAAAUGGUGUUUUUGUGAUAUGCAAAUUAUUAUGGAUCACAACAUUAAUGCAUGAUUUACCAAUAUUAUCCCACGUUUUUCCAGGAACCAUGCACUGGGUGUUGGGAAUGAUCCUUUUACGCUGCCAUUGAACACAAGGUACUUUGAUUGAUUUCAAAUACCAGGAAGUUUUUAAGAGGAAAAUUCUCACCAGCCAGUGAUUGUGUAUCUGUCUUCAUUUCAUAACCAUACAAACUUCAUUUCAUAACCAUAAAAACUGGAUAUUUUAUUGAAAUAUACUCACUGACAAAAGAAACGUGAAUACCAUACAUGUGGCUAAUAUAUGAAGAAAUACUCGUAUUCAAGAGAGAUUAGAUUAGUUCAAUGCACAAACGAACAUACUGGUAUGUUGUGUGAACCGACGCUCACAUGUGACGCCAUAGAUCCACUAUUUGUCUCGUUGAGGGUUAACAAAUAAAGUUUGGAAAUCAUGUGCAGGAUAUCGUGAUAAGAAUAAAGACAUGCUGUGGUAACACUUGACUGAUUGUUAGUUUUGUCAUUAAGUGGUACACAUUGAAAACAUCUUCUUAACGUAAUACUUCUCCAUAUGUUUCUAUGGAUCGCGUUUCUUUUGGCGGUGAGAACAUAUUGCACAUACAUCUUACAGUGGUAGAUGUCUACCAAUACCAUUGAGAUUCACACUAUAGGAAGCCAGGUUCUUCCUGCUGUUAACUGUCGUGAAGGUAGGGCCCACUGUGUCCUUGCAGCUAUUAACAUGCUCUGUAUUCUGCUGAUGAAGGGAUGGGGUUCUGUUAGGCCAGGACUAGUUAAUUAUCUGUUUGUUGGUUGUCCGUUUUCUCAUGGUGACGAGAUAAUUGGGAGGAAUUAUUUUAUUACCAUGAAUAUGUCUACAGACAAUUUGUUGUCCUUAGGAUAUCUAUAAGUCUGUGCAUUAGCUUUCUUUGAUUGGCGAUUGUGUCUCGGGAGUAAAAAGGUUGGUGCAUGUAAGGAUCAAAAGCACUUAUCACUUAAGAAAAUUGCCAUAAAAAUUUGUUUUUAUUUUUCAGUGUAUCAAAGAACAUGCCACUGUUUGAAUGAGAACUUCAUUUGAUAAGACUUUUACAUUUUGUGCAUGUUUUAUGAACAUACCCCUUUUUGGGGGAGUAUUUGUUCAUGUAAGAAAAACAAAAUUUAUUAGUGAUGCUGACACAAACAUGUUUGUUACGCAAACUUUACAGGAAAGCAAUGGGAAGUUUCCAAAGUGGUAAAAUGCUUUAGUGUCCUGAGUGUAGCUUGAAAACUGACAAAAAGUACAUUUUCAAUGGAUGACUUUUAACCAUAUAAAUCUUUGUGUAGAUAAGAUGCUUGUCAAUCUUAUUAUUUGUGUCUUCAAAUGUUCAUAGAUGGAUAUAUGGCGAAAAUAGUAGCAUUAUGUAUUUGAUCUCAACCUUUUUCAUGAGAUACAUUUGUUUAUCAAAGAAGUGAAAUCAUGGACUUGUAUAGUUGGAAACUGAUUUAUUAUUUAAGUGAGAUUGUCAUUCUCAUGGCAUACAUGGUGCUUCUUACCUUGAUAAGUGCAUGAUGUAGACUACAAGCAAGUAAUUAUCUGUUCGUGGCCUAAGGGACAUCAUACAGCUCACUGCGGCAGUGUUGCUGUUACAUGAUGAGUACCUUGUCUCUCUUUCUGCUACCCCAUGUUACCUAUCUCUACAGACUGCUGUCGUUCUCUUGUCUUUCACUCCAUUCCCACAUAUCUGUGAAAUAAAUACUUUUAGAAUAA